AUGCUUAAUUGUUGUAUUCCAUCAACCAUUGAACAAGAAUUAGAAACUAAUCCAUUCAUGCGAUCUAAUCUACCUCAACUUCAGGUUGGAUGCAAAAUGGGUUGCACAUUCUGUGCAACUGGAAGUAUGGGAUUCAAGAGCAACCUUUCAACAGGAGAGAUUGUAGAACAAUUAGUACAUGCUUCUCGAUUAUCGCCCAUUUGCAAUGUUGUUCCCAUGGGAAUGGGAGAUCCAUUAAACAACUACAAUGUUUUAGUUGAAGCUAUUCGAGUAAUGACAGCAUUCCCUUUUCAACUUUCACUCAAGAAAAUUACUGUCUCAACGGUUGGAACAAUUCAUGCAAUAAACAAGCUUCAUGGUGACUUACAAAAUAUAAACCUAGCAGUGUCUCUUCAUGCCCCAGUUCAAGAUAUUAUGUUUCAAAUAAUGCCUGCAACUCGCGCUUUUCCUUUAGAAAAACUUAUGAAUGCUUUAGCAGAAUAUCAAAAGAAAAGGUAG